AUGGGGCGUAUUAAAUGUGAUGUUGUGUAUUUCCCCACUAACAAAGCUGGUAGACACUUCAGCGUGGAAUAUUUUAAACGCAAAUUGCUAAAUGGGGAAUUGAUUCAUAGGAGAUGGUUGAUGUAUUCCAAUUCAGCCGAUGCUGUGUACUGUUCUGCUUGUAAACUUUUCACUUUACCUACAGCUACCAGCAGUGGAUUGGCAAAAGAAGGCAUUCAGGAUUGGAAAAACAUCAGUGCAAAAUUAUCUGAACAUGAACAAGGGAAAGACCACACUGAUGCUAUGAUGAAUUGGAUUGAACUGUACAAAAUAUUAAAAAAGGGAAAGACAAUUAAUGAAAUUGAUGGUCAACUUGUUAAAAGUGACAAAUGUCAUUGGCAAAUGGUGAUCGAACACAUUUUUACCAUCACUACUUAUCUGGCACAACAUAACAUGACAUUUCGUGGAAAUUGGGAUAAACUGUUCAUACCUAAUAAUGGAAAUUUUCUAGCUUUAGUGCAGCUCUUUGUGAAAUUUAACCCCAUUAUGAAAGAACAUAGUUGA